AUGGCAUUUUUCAGAACGUUUCAGCAGAAUCUGCCUUCGGUGUCAUCCUUGGUGGACACGAUUAGCAGUGCAGUGGAAGAUCUGACCACUGCCGUGGGGGAGGCCAGCUAUGCUUUUAGUGACUCGGUUGCUGAGCAGGUGACAAGCAUGAUGCAUAGCUUUCGCCCAGAAGAGGAAAGCGGCGUAGCACAGGAGGCAGCCACUUUACCAGAAGACUCCAAAAACACUGCUUGUCAGAAAAAAGCACAGUCCAAUUUAGAACCCAGAACAAAGCAAGUCAAUGGCGGUAGCACUUCAGCUUCAGAAAUGCAAGUUCAAAGAAUGCAUGAGGGAAGAUCACUCAGCUGUACUGAUAGGCAACAGACUCUGUUAGAUGAUCAGGACACUGAUAAUGCUUCUGCUUUGAAAGGCCAUAGGACAAGUGAUAGAGUGUCUAUUAGCAAGCAGAGUAGGAGGAGUGGGUUGGCUUGUCACGAACUUGAACUUGAACAUAAUGACAAUUGUGAAACAGUUAGGUUGGUAAUCUCUAGUAAUGAAAAAAAUUAUUUAAAGCACUCAGGAUACCAAGAAAUGAAAGGAAAUCAGAAUCCCACCAUUGACAUAAACAUACUAUGUGAGCAAAAGAAGUUUAUUGCUACGGAUAAUAAUGAAGGAGAAGAGUAUACUCAAUCUCAACAUGUAUUUGUGGGAAAAGAUCAAGAGAAAAUGAGGUAUUUCAACAAAGCUAAGCAUCUUACUGACUUAGAGCACAGUGAUCAUUUAAAGAAAGCUGAAAAAUACACUAAAAGUAAAGGAGUCAAAGGGAACGAAUGCUCAGAUAAUGAAGGUUCUCCCAAAGAGAUUUUGACAAGCAACAAACAUAUGAUCCAGAAACCAGUUAUGAAAGAAGACCCGAAUCUGGCACUACCAGCUAAAUUUCCGGGAAAAAUCAAAGAACAAAUGAAUCCAACAAAAUACUACAAAUUGAAAGGAGACAUAAAAACAAAGAAAAAUGAAGCCAAUUCUGCCAAAAAAGGACCAAAGAGUAAAGUUGAAAAACAUUGUAAGAUAACACUAGAAAAAGAUAAUUCCUAUAUGGAUAAAGAUGAGCAUGGCUCAUCCUCUGAAAGUGAAGAUGAAGCACUGGGUAAAUACCAUGAAGCCUUAUCCAGAACACACAAUUCUAGACUACCACUGGUUGAUUCUAGACAAACGAACUAUGGCUGGGAAACAAGGCAAAAGUACAGUCCUUUAUCUGCAGAGUAUGAUGGAUACAGUAGUGAAGCAUCAAUAGAUGAAGGAAACUGCAUUCAGAGAAUGAGAAGAACGCCCCCACUGGAUGAAUUGCAGCCACCACCCUAUCAGGAUGACAGUGGUUCUCCCCAUCUCUCAUGUACACCCUCAGAAAUCGGGGACGGUAAAUGCGAAUUUUCCCACUGCAACAACAGUCCAAGAUGCUCCUAUAACAAGUGCCCGAGUGAAGGAAGCACAGGUCAUGAAAUAGAAAGUUAUCAUAAUAAAGGAUAUGAAGAAGAUGUCCCAAGUGACAGCACGGCCGUCCUGAGCCCGGAAGACAUGUCAGCUCAAGGAUCCUCUUCCCAGCUUCCUAAGCCUUUUGAUCCUGAGCCAGAAGCUAAAUAUGGCACACUGGAUGUGACUUUUGACUAUGACUCACAAGAACAGAAGCUUCUGGUAACAGUGACAGGUGUCACAGACAUCCCAACAUAUAACAGGACAGGUGGCAACUCAUGGCAAGUACACCUUGUUCUUCUACCUAUAAAGAAACAGAGAGCAAAAACCAGCAUCCAGAGAGGACCAUGCCCUGUCUUCACAGAAACAUUCAAAUUCAAUCAUGUUGAAUCUGAGAUGAUUGGAAAUUAUGCAGUUCGGUUUAGACUGUAUGGUGUACAUCGCAUGAAAAAGGAAAAGAUUGUGGGGGAAAAGAUUUUUUAUUUAACCAAAUUGAAUCUUCAAGGGAAAAUGUCAUUACCUGUAAUACUGGAACCUUCUUGCAAUCAUUCUGGCUGUGACUCCCAAAUGAGCGUGUCAGAAAUGUCAUGUAGUGAAAGUACCUCCUCAUGUCAUUCUCUUGAACACGGCUCAGUUCCAGAAAUUCUCAUUGGCCUGCUCUAUAAUGCCACAACUGGAAGAUUAGCAGCAGAAGUGAUAAAAGGCAGCCACUUCAAAAACUUGGCAGCAAACAGACCACCCAAUACAUAUGUUAAGUUAACUCUGCUGAAUUCCAUGGGUCAAGAGAUGUCCAAAUGCAAGACAUCCAUCCGCAGAGGGCAGCCAAAUCCAGUGUACAAGGAAACUUUUGUUUUUCAAGUGGCCCUAUUUCAACUCUCUGAUGUGACACUGAUACUGUCCGUGUAUAACAAACGCAGCAUGAAAAGAAAAGAGAUGAUAGGCUGGAUUUCUUUAGGUCUGAACAGCUCUGGAGAAGAGGAGCUCAAUCACUGGACUGAAAUGAAAGAGUCAAAAGGACAGCAAGUAUGUCGAUGGCAUGCAUUACUGGAGUCAUGA